ACCUAGAACUAAUGUAAAGAAAAUAUUUUAAUUGAUUAUCAAAAAAGCAUGUAUGGUGAUAUUUUAAUGCCAAAGUCGUAGCUUAUCAAUUUAAAAGAACUCAAUGGAUUAACCUCACAUGAUAAAAGCAAGAUGUGACAUGUGAAGCCUAGAGUGUUUAACCAAGAUAAGAUAUUUCCGAGGACAACGUAUUUAACCAGAAUAAAAGAGAACCAAAAGAAUAACCCCCAAAAAAAUAUAAAACACAACAGCUCAUUUAAGCAAUAGCUAUCAAAUAUCAAGAUCUUGUAGGUUUGAUUCAAGGCAGACAGAUGGACCUACCAUUCUCAUUGGAUUGGGACUUUCAUCAAAUCCUUUUGAAGAUAAAAAGACGUUCUCCCCUAUGCCCCCCCUUAUUAAUAGAUAAAGUCCCCUCUUUAUUUGAACAUAAUUUCACAUCUCAAAAAGUAGCUCCACUAUACAUGCCAUUUGCUUGAAGAAGAUUACAAAAAUGCAUCUAAUCCGCCCCAAACCAUCCACCAUAUUGAUUCCCUUGGUUUAAGGCACUAACACAUGCUUUGCCUACUAAACUAUUCCCCUCACCCACCAUCCCCUCUUAUUGCACGCCUACCUUGCUAUUCCUUUCAAAUCCACAAGAACCUUUAGACCUCCAUUAACACAGCUCACAUUCCUUUUACCUUAGGCAGAACAGACAGAGAGAGAGAGAGAGAUGGAUGGUUCCACAAGAAGAAGAAGAGGAUCUAGGACGCUCUUGAAUUUCAUCAUUGGGGCGCCGGAAUACAGUAACAAAGGAGGCCAAAAGCAAUCGAAGGACGAUGUGAGGUCUAUGUUCGAUCAACCGAAGCACCAUGUACAGGCUAUUAACACUUCCAUAGAUCACCCCAGGGACCAUGUUAAAGCCAUGAACACAUCCAUGAAUGUUGGAGUGGCCGUCAGUGUUCCAAAGAACAAUACUGAAGAAGAGAAGGCUAAACCGGCCUUGAAGAGUUUGGGAAAGAUGAAAUCAUUUGAAAAUCCGAACAUAAAGAAUAGGGAGAGAAUAGUGGUAGUGGAGAGUCGGAAGUCAGUAUCAGAGGUGGACAUGAAUGUGGCUUCAGUGGCUGCUUUUGUUGGGGCAAAGGUCCGGGUCGCCGACAUGCCGGCGUUCAUGCAAGUCCAUGCCUUUCGCUGUGCAAGGAGCACCUACGAUAGCCUAGAGAAGUUUAACCCCAAGCACAUGGCCUAUAACAUGAAGAAGGAGUUUGACAAAGCGUAUGGGCCUGCCUGGCACUGUAUAGUGGGGACAAGCUUCGGAUCAUAUGUGACACACUCUGCAGGCUGUUUUCUUUACUUUUCAAUGGAAAAAUUAUUCAUUUUGGUGUUCAAGACAAAAGUUGAGAGAGCACAAUAUGAGGAUAAAAUAUAGAUUCAUGGCACAUGCAAUGUAUGGUGAUAAUAGAAGAGGAACAAUUGUAAAUACUUCAAACUAGGGCAGAGAGAGAUUUUCUCUUCCCCACCUUCCAUGCGCACACAAAAGGAAGAUUCCCUUCAAACUCACUUGCUCAAUGUAGGCACCAACCCUACACAUGUUGGUGCAUUUUUUUCACAUAGAUGAAUGCAUGGCUUUAUAUUUUUUU